AUGACAUCUGUCCCCCUCCCAGGUGACCGGCUCUUGCAGGUGGAUGGAGUGAGUCUGUGCGGCCUCACCCACAAGCAGGCCGUGCAGUGCCUCAAGGGCUCUGGGCAGGUUGCAAGACUGGUCUUAGAGAGAAGAGGCCCCAGGACUGCACAGCAGUGUCCUUCUGCUAAUGACAGGAUGGGAGAUGAAUGCACGGCUGUUUCCUUGGCAACAGUCUUGCCUGGAAGGCCUGCGAGCAGUGUCUCAGCGACAUAUGGUCCCAGGUUUGAAGUCAAGCUGAAAAAGAACGCCAGUGGUCUGGGAUUCAGUUUCGUGCAGAUGGAGAGUGAACGCUGUGGCCAUCUCAAGAACGAUCUUGUGAGGAUUAAGCGUCUCUUCCCAGGGCAGCCGGCAGAGGAGAAUGGGGCCAUUGCAGCUGGUGACAUUAUCCUGGCUGUGAACGGAAGGCCCACGGAAGGCCUCGACUUCCAGGAGGUGCUGCAUUUACUGCGAGGAGCCUCACAGGAAGUCACGCUCCUGCUUUGCCGACCCCUGCCAGGUGUGCUGCCUGAGAUGGAUCAGGGCUGGCAGACACCUGUGCCCUCAGCAGACAAAGAAUUCACGAGGGCAACAUGCACUGACUCAGAGCAGAGCCCCAGCCUGGAUCAAGAGGAUAGCCAGAGGGACAGUGCCUCCGCAGAUGCAGGGGAAGGCCUGGGUCUCAGGCCAGAGUCUUUCCAACAGGCCACCAGAGAGGCACAAUGGGACCAAGACACAGAGAGACCCUGGGCCACUUCCUUGACUCGUCCUCGGGAUUCCUACCCUCAUUUAUUCAGACUUCACCAAGAAAUGGAUGCAUCAACAUUGGCUACCUCUUUGGAAAACAAUAUGAGGCAAAACUGCUAUUCAGUUUGUGAUAUCAGGAGACUUGAAAGAUUCUCCUACUCAUCUUCUCUAACCAGACUCUCGACAGAUAUUUUCUGA